AUGCGUCAUAUGCUCUUCCUGCAGGUGAUGGGCCCUGGCCUGGAUCCAAGUGGAGUCGGCAGGCCCAGCCCAGCGUCCCAGCCCCGGGGCGGCCGGAGCCAGCAGCAGCUGGAGUCUGCAUUACCUGUUGCCCGCGAGCGGGGGUAUGGCGACGGUCAUGGUGCGGGUGGCAGCGCAGUGUGCCGGUUCGUCUGGCUGUGCGCUGGUGUACCCGCGACCGUGGUCGCCUAUGGCGUCUCCAGGCCGACCACCCUGGUGGUGCACUGUGAGCGGCACGUGCAGUGCCUGCAGAGCCGGGCCCUGGAGCUGCAGCAGCAGCUGGCCGCAGCCAUCUCCGCUGACAUGAAGAAGGACAGUAUGAUCGAGCAGCUGGACAAGACCCUGGCCAAAGUGGUGGAGGGCUGGAACCGGCAGGAGGCGGAGCGGACGGAGCUGCUGCGCGGGCUCCAGGCGGAGAAGGAGGCGGUGCAGCGGGCGCUGAGUGAGCAGCAGGAGACGGCGUCGCAGCUGGAGGUGCGGCUGGAGCAGGCGCUGGAGGCCCUGAGCCGGGAGCAGCAGGCGGCGAGCCAGCAGCGUGAGGAGGCAGCACUGCUGCAGGAGGAGAAGGCGGGGCUGCUGCGGAGCCUGGAGGCGGAGCGCCAGCGCGGGGGGGGGCUGCAGGUGGAACGGGAGCAUGGGCAGCGCCAGCUGGAGGCGCUGCGGGCCACACUGGAGGAACAGCAGGCGAGCUGGGCGCAGCGGGAGCGCCAGCUGGAGCAGCGUUGCCAGGCCCUGCAGGACGAGAGCGCCAGGCAGCUGGAGCGAGAGAAGGCAGCCGUGCAGCGGGAGGCCCAGCGUGCCGCGGACGCCCAGCAGGUCCUGGCCUCAGUGCAGGCCGAUGCCCAGCGCCUGGAGAGUGAGCUGGAGGCAGCGCGGAGUGAGCGGGACGGGCUGCAGAUGGAGAUCAGCCUGGUGAAGGCGCGGUGCGAGGCCCAGAAGGCGAAGCUGGAGGCAGAGCUGAAGGUGGCGCUGGAGCAGCAGGUGACGGAGAGGCUGGCGCGGGUGCAUGAGGACAGCCUGCGGCAGACGGGUGCCAUGCGGGAGCAGCACAGGAAGCAGCUGCUGGACCUCAGCGGGCACCAUGAGCGGGAACUAGGCAGUCAGCUGGCGCAGUUCCGGGCUGAGCUGGCCGAGCGCGAGGAGCGGCAGCGGCGCCUGGUUGAGGACUAUGAGCUGAGGCUGGCCAGGCAGGAGGAGUUGGCGCGGGAGCUGCAGGCUGGGAAGUGGCGGCUGGAGGCCCAGCGAGCGGACAUGGUGGCCCGGCUCCAGGCCAUGAUGCAGUCGCAUUGGAACGAGGCCCUGCGCGUGCUGACUGGAGAUUCCUCCUCGCAGUCUCCCGCCAAGGGCCCCCGCCAGCCUCCCGUCUCCGACGCCACCUCCCGCUCCGAGCCGGAGCGCCUGGGCCAGCCCCCCAGCCCCGCCCCUCCCGGGAAGCCGGAGAGCUGGCAAGAGGACCCCUGCAGCGGUGCCGGGGACAGCGACGGGGGCGGCUGGGCCUUCGUCCAAGCGGUGCCCCUGCAGCCCGUCACCCAGCGCAGCUCCCUGCCGGUGGCGCGGGGCCCCGAGCGCUUCCUGCCCCUCGCGCCCAGCGGCUGCGUCUCCGUUGAGCUGGCCCAACUCCUGAACCAGAGCCUCCGGAGCCAGCGGGGCUUCCAGCCGCUGGAGCCGCAGCUCGACGACUCCGCCAGCCCAGGGCUGAGCUCGCACCCCCCUCACCUGGCGGAGCACCCCUACCCCGAGGACGAGGGGGGGCCCAGCGAUGGUGAGACCCCCCCGAACAGCAGCCUGGAAAGCGGGGGGCAGGUGCCCCCCAGCCAGCUGCACCCAGAGCUGCAGUACUACAUGGCGCUGCUGCUGGAGCAGAUGCCGAGUGACCCCCCCAGGCAGGAGGGGUCGGGGGGUGAGGGUCAGGCCCAGCCCCACACCCACCCAGGCUUGGCCCGGGAGGACCCCCCCUCGCUGUGGGAGACACUCCGGCCCCACGGCCCCCAGCGCGCCACCGCUGCCGUGCAGAAGACUAAGGUGCCGCUCGCCAAAGCCAGCUACGGGCAGCGGAACCUAGAUCCGCCGAGCCCCCCGCAGUGCCCAGCCGGGGGUGAGGGGGGCGUCCUGUCUCCCCGGCAGAUGGCUGAGGUCUCCCGCCUGCUGCGGCUGUACCAGGCCAAAGGCCGGGUGGCGCCCUCCUCCGAAGAGCUGUUCACCUACCUGCGCUCCGGCGACAGCAGCGGGCCCGACGUGAAGGGUGACGGGGGCCACGUGAAGCCAGCUGCCCGCAGGAACCUCGACCCCAGGCUGCCUGAGGCCGGCAGGAGAGAGGUGGGUCCCCCCCGGCGCCCGGCUGGCGCCCGGCCCGGCCCUGAGAAGACCCACGGCGCUGCCAAGGGCGGGCGGAAGGCAGCCCAGCUCGGUGCCCGCACCGGCAAGGGGGGCGGCGUGUGGAGAUGAAGCGGGUUCCCCGUGGGGCGUCCUGAUGCCAUCACACCCUGCACCCCCUGGGCACAGACCCCCCCACCCCUCAGUCCCAGGGGUCUCCCCACUGCCUGAGGGGCCCUGUUCUCAACCCCAGUUCGCAUGUUGUGUUGGUGCCAGGGUGGCACAUGGGGCUGGGCGGUUCCCCAUUCGCACCGUGUUGCGUUGCUCUAAGUUAUUGCCCCCCUGUUGGGGCGUUGUUGGUUAUUUUUCUAAAUAAAGAAGAGUUGGGUUUUGCAGCAGAUCCGGUGCCGUGAUUGGGGGGCCCAGCUCGCCAGCCCUUUGCUCCCGUGCCCUCCUCCGGGAAGGGUAGGAACGCUGGGCAUCGUCCAAUGGUAGCAGACCCAUGGGCCCAUCCACCCAGGUAUCCCGCUUCCUGCCUGCUGCCCGGCUCAGCCCCAUGGGCCCAUCUACCCUUGCGUCCCGCUUCCUGCCUGGCUUAGCCCCACGGGCCCAUCUACCCUUGCGUCCCGCUUCCUGCCUGGCUUGGCCCCACGGGCCCAUGUCCCCCGGUGCCCCGCCUCCUGCUUGCCGUCUGGCUUGGCCCCACGAGCCCAUCUACCCCGGCAUCCCGCCUCCUCCCUGCCCAGAGUAGCAGAGCCUGUGCAGUGAUUGGCAGAGCUGGGUUUGUCGGGGGGAGGGCUUCCCCCCUGUGCCCAGUCCCUCCUCCAGGCUGGGCACUGCCAUCUGCUGCCCCCCCCCGGCAGUGCAUCAGGCCACCGUGAUUAGCUCUAAUCUGCUUUUGUGCGAACGUGGCUUACACAACCCUGCGGUGCCCGCCCCGCGCGGAUGCCUUGGGGCUGGCUUUCUCCCCGCCAUCCCGUGCUGUGUUCCUUUCUCCCGUGUGACCCCCCCUCAAUCGGUGCCCGGUGCUCGCUCGACGAGCCCCUCGGCGCGACGUGCCCGUCUCUUUUAACGGGCAGCCCGCCGAUGUGAAUCCUGCGCUGGGGAGACAGCUCCGGGAGCUGAGCCACGCCUUAAUUUCUCCUCCCUCUGCCCUUUUUUCGGGUGCCCCGGCGGGCACACGGAAAGCAUGGCAGACACAUUUGGUGCCCACUGGGAGAGGGUCAUGCCCACCAUCUCCUGGGAACUCGUGAGAAGGGCCAGGCCGGGAUCCGACUCUCCAGGGCAUGUCCACACAGGGAGAAAAGACCCGCGGCCGGCCCGGGUCAACGGCUCCAUCUCCCGGGGCUAAAAAAUUGUGCCAAUUUUUCAGCCCCACGGCCUGGGCCAGGCGUGGCUUUCUUUUAUCCUGAUGUGGACGUCCAAGGCCGGACACGGGACCUUUGCAACCGUCCAACCCGUCCCAUGCGACCCCUCCCCAAAUCGCUUCCAGAGCAGAUGUGGUUGAAACCCCGCUCCUGAUGGUGUCCCGGUUAAUGCCUCUCGCCGGUGAAAACGCUGGCGUCUUUCCGGUGGGACUCGUCUUCAGCACUCAGCCCCUGGGUCGCGUCGGCACGUUCGUCUGGUUAGCCACCAGCAAGGCCGAUUUCAGGGUCCUGGGUUCCUAGGACAGACACACUUCCUUCCUCCCGCCCCAUCCUGGAAGUCUGAUCCACCUUCUUUGCUCCUGGAUGGCUGUGUUUACACCGAGCCGAUUAAAAUGAAUCGUUGCUUGAUCAACCAAAUCAGCGACCCAGCUUCAUUUCCCCGUCCUCUG